CGUCGUGUUUGUGGCUUGUGGCUUGUGGCUCAAAACCUAACCGUGGCUCAAAUCGAUCUUCAGUGCUCGACGGACUCUUAGCGGAUGCGGACGGUCUCGGAAUUCUCGAUACAAACGAGUGUACGUGCGUUGUGAGUAGCAAUACAGUGGGCAAAAUAGCAACAAAGCAACGAGUGUAGCUGCCUUGCCUUUUGUUAUUGCUUUCGUUGCCAAGUGUGAUUUUCCAUGAGUAAAGUUGAAUGUGAAAUUGCAAUCAGGAAGUGUUGGCUUUAGAGUAAAGCGUCAUCAUUGCCAUCAGUGAGUAGCAUCGGCAGUUAACAAAACAAUAACAACAACUACGAACAAAAGUGUAAAAAAAUCGCGCAACAAAGCAACGACCACAACAACUAAUAACGACGAUCAUCAACAAGCAACAACAACAACAGUGCAUCAGCAACAAUUCAUCUUCGCGAUGCGAUGACAAACAAGGAAACUUGCUAAAUAUUUUCUUGCUCACUGCAUUCCAUCUCUUCGGCUCUCUUCCGACCCUCUUCGUGUGUUUCAUUUGAAUAAAAAUACCCGAGUAAAAAAUAAGUGAAUAAAGAGCGCGGCCAAGUCGAAAUAAAAAAGUGAUAGUAAUUUUAAGUUGUGCAAAAUCGCAAAGAAGAGGAAAAUAUUUUAAUUGUAUUUAGCGCAAAUAUUUCUACCUGCUGUUUAAAAUGAGUGUUAAAAGGUUAGCCCCAGCGUGGGGUCAUCAGAGGCAGUCGGGACGGUUGCAAUAUUUUAAUGUUGCCAACAGCAUUGUGUUUAGCAACAGAAUAUGGCUUACAUUGGCCAUCAUAUUUAUCAUCUGUUUAGAUGUGCAUUGUCAAGAUAAAAUGUACAGUUUAACAGAGAAGCAGCGCUACGAUGGCUGGUACAAUAAUCUAGCGCAUCCAGACUGGGGAUCAGUUGAUAGUCACUUGGUGCGAAAAGCACCGCCGUCAUAUUCCGACGGAGUUUACGCCAUGGCUGGCUCAAAUCGUCCGUCUACUCGUCGACUAAGUCGUUUAUUCAUGGGCGGCCGUGAUGGCUUGGCAUCCAAGCACAAUCGCACCGCGUUCUUAGCCUUCUUCGGGCAAGUAGUGGCGAAUGAAAUAGUGAUGGCUUCAGAGUCGGGUUGUCCCAUCGAGAUGCAUCGCAUUGAGAUUGAAAAAUGCGAUGCAAUGUACGAUCGUGAGUGUCGUGGAGAUCGUUAUAUACCAUUCCAUCGUGCUGCAUACGAUCGCGAUACUGGGCAGAGUCCGAAUGCGCCGCGUGAACAGAUAAAUCAAAUGACUGCUUGGAUUGAUGGCAGUUUCAUUUACAGUACCUCAGAGGCGUGGCUCAACGCAAUGCGGUCGUUCCACAAUGGCACACUGCUCACGGAGAAGGGUGGCAAAAUGCCCAUUAAAAAUACAAUGCGAGUACCGCUCUUCAACAACCCAGCGCCGAAUGUGAUGAAGAUGCUUAGUCCAGAACGUCUAUUUUUGCUUGGUGACCCGCGUACAAAUCAAAAUCCCGCUGUGCUCUCAUUUGCCAUACUCUUUUUGCGUUGGCAUAACACUCUCGCGCAACGCAUCAAGCGCGCUCAUUCCGACUGGAGUGAUGAGGAUAUCUUUCAACGUGCGCGUCACAUGGUCAUCGCUAGUUUACAAAAUGUUAUUAUGUAUGAGUAUCUGCCAGCCUUUUUGGGUUCCGAAGUAAAACCCUACGAGGGAUAUAAGCAGGAAAUACAUCCCGGUGUUGGACACAUCUUUCAAGCAGCUGCAUUCCGCUUCGGUCAUACAAUGAUACCACCUGGUAUCUAUCGCCGUGACGCCAAGUGUAAUUACAAAAAGACACCUAUGGGCUAUCCCGCGAUACGAUUGUGCUCUACUUGGUGGGACUCAAGCGAUUUCUUCACGGACACCACAGUCGAGGAGGUGCUACUGGGUAUGUCUUCGCAGAUUGCAGAACGUGAAGAUCCCGUAUUGUGUACAGACGUCCGUGAUAAACUUUUCGGUCCGAUGGAAUUCACUCGACGUGAUUUGGGUGCUUUGAAUAUUAUGCGUGGUCGUGAUAAUGGUUUGCCUGAUUACAAUACAGCGCGUGAGGCUUUUGGGUUACAGCGUCGUAAUAAUUGGAAGGAAAUCAACCCGGAGCUGUUUGAGAAAAAUCCCGAAUUGUUAAGAAUGCUGAUUACUGCCUACGAUGAUCGUCUGGACAAUGUGGAUGUCUACGUUGGUGGUAUGUUGGAAUCAUACGGUCAACCUGGCGAGUUUUUCACAGUCGUAAUAAAGGAACAAUUCGAGCGUUUGCGUGACGCUGAUCGUUUUUGGUUUGAAAAUGAUCGGAAUGGUAUUUUUACGCGCGAAGAAAUCGAAGAAUUGCGACAGAUAACCAUGUGGGACAUUAUUGUAAACAGCACAGACAUAAAUGACUCCGAUAUACAACGCGAUGUGUUUAUGUGGCACGAAGGUGACCCUUGUCCACAGCCCAUGCAACUGAACGCCUCCGAGCUGGAGCCCUGUCAAUAUCUCGAAGGAUACGAUUACUUUUCUGGUUCUGAGUUAAUGUUCAUUUAUGCUUGCGUAUUUCUCGGAUUUGUGCCCAUACUAUGCGCUGGCGCUGGAUACUGUGUGGUGAAAUUGCAAAAUAGCAAAAGACGUAAGUUGAAAAUACGCCAAGAAGCCUUGCGUUCGGCACAAAAUAAGGGUUCGGUGGACAAGAUGUUGGCGCGUGAAUGGCUGCAUGCGAAUCACAAACGUUUGGUGACGGUAAAGUUCGGUCCGGAGGCUGCCAUUUACACAGUGGAUAGGAAGGGUGAGAAAUUGCGUAGUUUUAAUUUGAAAAAUGUGGAAGUAAUCACAGUGGAAGAAUCAUCGACAAAUCAUAUUAAGAAGAAGCCAUACAUAUUGCUGCGUGUACCGAACGAUCAUGAUUUGGUACUAGAGUUAGAAUCUUAUGGUGCGCGACGUAAGUUCGUUAAGAAGUUGGAAGACUUUCUCUUUUUGCAUAAAAAAGAAAUGACGCUGGUGGAAGUGAAUCGUGAGAUUAUGUUGGCGCGUGCUGAAACUCGUGAGAGACGACAGAAGCGCCUGGAGUAUUUCUUCCGUGAAGCAUAUGCGCUAACAUUUGGCUUACGGCCUGGAGAGCGCCGACGUCGCUCCGACGCCUCCACCGAUGGCGAAGUAAUGACGGUUAUGCGUACUAGUCUCUCAAAAGCGGAGUUUGCGGCGGCAUUAGGAAUGAAGCCGAACGAUAUGUUUGUGCGUAAAAUGUUCAAUAUUGUCGAUAAGGAUCAAGAUGGACGAAUAAGCUUUCAGGAGUUUCUUGAGACUGUGGUGCUCUUCUCGCGUGGCAAGACCGACGAUAAGUUGCGUAUUAUCUUCGAUAUGUGCGACAAUGAUCGGAACGGUGUCAUCGAUAAAGGUGAAUUGAGUGAAAUGAUGCGCUCGCUAGUGGAGAUGGCGCGCACCACCAGUUUGGGUGAUGAUCAGGUGACCGAGCUGAUAGAUGGCAUGUUCCAAGAUGUUGGGCUGGAACAUAAAAAUCAUUUAACCUAUCAGGACUUCAAAUUAAUGAUGAAAGAAUAUAAGGGUGACUUUGUAGCUAUCGGUUUGGAUUGCAAAGGUGCUAAGCAGAAUUUCCUCGACACUUCAACUAAUGUGGCGCGUAUGACCUCAUUCAAUAUCGAGCCAAUGCAGGAAAAGCCACGACAUUGGAUGCAAGAGAAAUGGGACAGCUAUAUAACGUUCUUAGAAGAGAACCGCCAGAACAUAUUUUAUUUGUUUCUCUUCUACGUCAUCACGAUCGUGCUGUUUGUAGAGCGCUUCAUACACUACUCAUUCAUGGCCGAGCAUACGGAUCUGCGACACAUUAUGGGUGUCGGCAUUGCCGUAACACGUGGCUCAGCAGCUUCGCUGUCCUUCUGCUACUCGUUAUUACUACUCACAAUGUCCAGAAACCUUAUCACCAAACUGAAGGAGUUCCCCAUACAACAGUAUAUUCCACUUGAUGCACACAUACAAUUUCACAAAAUCGCUGCUUGUACCGCGCUCUUCUUCUCGGUGCUGCAUACCAUCGGUCAUAUUGUUAAUUUCUAUCAUGUCUCUACGCAAUCUCACGAGAAUUUACGUUGUCUUACACGGGAAGUGCACUUUGCCUCCGACUAUAAGCCGGAUAUUACAUUUUGGCUUUUCCAAACAGUUACCGGCACUACUGGCAUACUGCUCUUUAUUGUUAUGUGCAUAAUAUUCGUUUUUGCGCACCCGACCGUACGCAAGAAGGCAUACAAGUUCUUCUGGAAUACGCAUCAACUUUACGUGGGGAUGUAUUUAUUGUCCCUGAUACACGGUUUGGCGCGCAUCACUGGACCACCACGUUUUUGGAUGUUCUUCCUAGGUCCAGGCAUUAUAUACACGCUCGAUAAAAUCGUCUCGCUGCGCACCAAAUACAUGGCGCUGGAUGUUAUCGAAACGGAUCUGCUGCCUUCCGAUGUUAUCAAAAUCAAGUUCUAUCGACCACCUAAUCUAAAAUACCUGUCCGGACAGUGGGUGCGCUUGUCGUGUACUGCUUUUCGACCACACGAAAUGCACAGCUUCACGUUAACCUCAGCGCCGCAUGAGAAUUUCCUCAGUUGUCACAUAAAAGCACAAGGUCCAUGGACGUGGAAACUGCGCAAUUACUUUGACCCGUGUAACUACAAUCCAGAAGAUCAGCCUAAAAUACGCAUUGAAGGUCCGUUCGGCGGUGGCAACCAGGACUGGUACAAGUUCGAGGUAGCGGUAAUGGUGGGUGGUGGCAUAGGUGUUACACCCUAUGCCUCGAUGCUUAAUGAUUUGGUGUUCGGUACAAGCACGAACCGGUACUCAGGUGUGGCAUGCAAGAAGGUAUAUUUCCUUUGGAUUUGUCCCUCGCACAAACAUUUCGAAUGGUUCAUCGAUGUGCUGCGCGAUGUGGAGAAGAAGGAUGUCACAAAUGUGUUGGAAAUACACAUUUUCAUUACACAAUUUUUCCACAAAUUCGAUUUGAGAACCACCAUGCUGUACAUUUGUGAGAAUCACUUCCAGCGCCUAUCGAAGACCUCAAUAUUUACGGGCCUAAAGGCGGUGAAUCAUUUUGGACGACCUGAUAUGUCAAGCUUUUUAAAAUUCGUACAAAAGAAACAUUCCUAUGUUUCCAAAAUUGGCGUUUUUUCAUGCGGACCGCGUCCGCUCACGAAGAGCAUAAUGUCUGCUUGUGAUGAGGUGAACAAAACGCGAAAGCUCCCAUAUUUUAUACAUCAUUUCGAGAAUUUCGGUUAAUGGCGACGGGAUUUUGCGUGGUUUCUGGUGGAUCACAUCAAUGUAUUUACUGUUAAUCAUUCAAAGCAAGGACGACAACAUUAAUGCCACCAAAAACUAUAUAAUCUGCUGAGAUCUACUCAUUUUUACUGUUUAAGUAAAUUUUUAAUUUAACUCAUUGCCCUUUCAACAAAAAAUACGUACGAAAAAUGAGUUAAAAAAAAAACUAAAUUAAAUAUAAUUUAAAAAUUGUUAGUCAAAUUAGCGCGCUUCUACAAUAUUUCCAUCUGUGUGGAAAUUGUCUAUCACUAACGGAUUUGUCUGGAGAAAUGAAGAAUUGUCGUUGUGUGGAAUGCUUGUAUAUGUAUAUGUAAUUUUACCACAUAAUUUGUAUAUAAGUAUUGAUACUCCUACUACAUAUCACUAUUGCUACUACUACAUACUGCUCUAUGAUAUACGAUAACUGUACCAUUAUAUUACGACACUUUCUUUCUACUGAAGUUUAUUUAUUGAAUCUUAUUUGUUAUCAUUUUGUAAAAAAAUAAAUCUUACGUAAUUAUUUAUUAUAUGAA